AUUGCCGACCAUCUGAACCACGUGUCAUUGUUGUUGAUGCACAUUGCAAUUUGCAGGGCCCCAGCCUGCCCAGGCGCAGACGUAAUAUUGCAAUUUGCCUGGAGGUUGCCUGGCAUAGCUCUGGCAUUUGUUCUGAAAGGGAGCCCCAAUAAUUGACCACUCAAAGCGCGCGGGACAGGCAAGAGGAGAGGGGGAAGAGGGGAACCUGCAAGCUCUUCAAUUGGAUCACGGCGUCUGAAGUGCGGCGCUCAGGUCGGAACACCUCAGAAUUGAGACGAGUGUCCAGGAGCCUCACCGCUACAGUGUGCCGACUACUCUUUGGCUGGUCAGCUGGGCCAUCAUGCCUCUCCGUGCAGCUGUUGAAGCGGAUCUUGAUGACAUCAUCUCGCUCAUAAAGGCCCUGGCAGAAUAUGAAAAGCUGUUGCACGAGGUUGUGUUGAAGCGAGAGGUUAUGCGCGAGCACCUCUUCGGCCCCAACCCUGCCGCCAAGGUCCUGCUCGCGGAGACGGACGAUCACAAGGUGGCGGGCUUCGCCCUCUACUUCACCACCUUCUCGACUUUCUUGGGGAGGCCCGGCAUCUGGCUGGAGGAUCUCUUUGUGUUGCCCGAGUACCGCAAGCACGGCUACGGCAAGGCGCUCAUCCAGGAGCUGCGGCGGUUAACUGACGGUCGCGUUGAGUGGGCGGUCCUAGACUGGAACGAACCGAGCAUCAAGUUUUACGAGUCACUGGGUGCCAAAAGACUAGAGGGCUGGGGAACGUUCCGCUGGGAUCCGGCUCCUUCCGCGGAAGCGAGCUCGUCAUAAGGAGGAUGGGGGAACGGGUGUCGGGAUGUUGACCUUGUACGAUGGGGUUGAUUGCGGUGUGAUAAAACUCAAUUUGACAGCUUCCCUCAACUCUAUGCCAUCCACUAAUUGUCUUUAUAAACAAAAGCAUCACGGAGGGACCUUUAGCUAUCCACGAAUCUGACGGGUUUAGCUAUAUCUAUCAGGAGCUGUCUUGCCGCGACGCAGGUUAUUUGAACCUCUUAAAUCCGUUCGGGAGGUCACCAAUGGGCUGCACCGAUAAGAAAUACGUCGACUGCUUAACAAGUACGCACUCUGCUAUCAGACUCUGCUUUUUCGGAUCUGAACCAUGCGUAGUUUAGAGAAUCAAGAUAAUGCGAAAGUUCCAGGUAGACCGCAUGUUACCGAGACACCGCAGAGUGACGACCCGGCGACAUAAUCUAGUACGCAUGCUAAGUGCACUUAUUUGUUAACUAUAUGAAACUCAAUCGAAGCAGUUUUGUCAUCAACAUGGUAUUUAAAGCUCGAGCGCAUUGGACAAGUA